AUGGCGGAGUCUGGGCACAGCCAACCCAGUAUGUACAUUCCCGGGCGCAGCAGGAGACGCCGUUGGAUGGACCAGGGUCCCUCUGGCAACCUUAACCUGUCUGAACCUCCGCGUGAAAGAGACCCCAUGCUACGUGAUCGCGAUCAGGACAGAUGGGAUGGAAAUGAAGAGAAUUCUGGCUACACCAUGCAGAAGACUCCGAUCAUCUUGGCCAAACCGGCAGCUGAGCGCCCAAAGCCACCCCCUACUCCAGCUCCAGCCGCACCUGAAAAACCUAUUGUCCUUAUGAAGGCCAGAGAGGAGGGUAAACCAGCCCCAGCAGCAGAGGGUGCCACUCUUCCACCAUCUGCCUCUACAGCAAAGCUGGAGAAGGAAGGGCAGCGCCCCACACAGCCGGUGUACCAGAUUCAGAACCGAGGCAUGGGUGCCGCAGCAAAUGCGAGUGGUAAUGUUGACCCUGUGGUUGGCCAGGCAAAACUGAUGCCUCCUCAGAAGAUGAAACACAGCAUCAAACUGGUGGAUGAAUACAUGAACUGGUGUGACAGUGCCAUUGAGUAUUUACUGGACCAGACAGAUGUCCUUGUGGUUGGAGUUCUUGGAUUUCAGGGUACAGGGAAGUCCACGAUGAUGUCUCUUCUUUCUGCCAACUCUCCAGAUGAUGAUCAAAGAUCAUACGUCUUUAGAAUGCAGAGUCAAGAGGUGAGGGAGAGAGCUGGGAACCAGACAAGUGGCAUUGACUUCUUUAUCAGCCAAGAGAGGAUAAUCUACCUGGACACACAGCCCAUUCUAAGCCCUGCGAUAUUGGAUCAUUUGAUAAACAAUGACCGCAAGCUACCUCCGGAAUACAACCUUCCACACACCUAUGUAGAGAUGCAGUCACUACAGAUUGCUGCUUUCUUGUUCACUGUGUGCCACGUGGUUAUCGUUGUCCAGGAUUGGUUCACUGACUUCAGCAUAUACCGAUUUUUGCAGACCGCUGAAAUGCUGAAGCCAUCAACACCGUCCCCCAGCCACGAGUCCAGUGGCUCAUCAGGGGCAGAUGAAGGCAUUGAGUACUACCCCCAUAUCGUGUUCUUGCAGAAUAAAGCCAAGAGGGAGGACUUCUGUCCCCGCACCCUGAAGCAGAUGCACACAGUAACUGACAAGCUAAUGAUGCACUCCCGCCUCCGAUAUAAAGGCACUCUCUCCAUGCUGGACUGCAAUAUCUUCCCAGGAUUACCCUAUGACUUCCUGGAGUCAGAAGUGAAUUUGUUUUUAGUGCCCAUGAUGGAGAAUGAAACUGAUGAAACCAUCUCAAGAGCUGGUUCGGGAGGAAACCCCCUCUUCUCUCUCCUUCCUGGGUAUAAGGGUCACCCCAACUUUCACACUAUGAUCAGCAAACUGCGGAGUCAGAUCAUGUCUAUGUCACGCCCACAGCUCUCACAUACCAUCCUCACUGAAAAGAACUGGUUUCACUAUGCUGCUCGAAUCUGGGACGGGGUGAAGAAGUCUUCAGCAUUAUCAGAAUACAGCAGGUUGUUGGGGUAG